AGUUUGGUUACUGUGCUUCAGCUGUACAUGAAUCUUCAAUAUGUUCUAUAUACAUUCUCGGAGAGAAAAGCGGAGUAUGAUGUUGUCCGGAUGUUAAGGGAACAAUUAUAUCGCCGUCGUCAUUACAUCGAUUGCCUGAAAGUGGCACUGCUGGACACCGAGAGGUUAUUGUCAGCACAUCUACAGCACAAAUGAUUUCAACAUGUCUUUGUUUUAUUGGCUUAUAUGUUUAGAGUGUCGA